AUGUCUCAGCCACGCACGCGUAAAACUGUGGUGCCAUCUGCAACCCCUAUAGGUCUGGGAUGCGGGAGGAGGUGCCUGCACAGCCUGUGCGUCCGGCUGGUCCCUGCUGGUGCGCUGGCUGCUGCCCUGUCUGGUCCCUCGGUGCCUCCUCUCCAGUCGUCUCUUUCCCCCUAUCUUCUCCUCCACCCACCUGUCCUCUUCCCUCCCACUCUCUACCCUCCUCCAACCCUCCCAACCCCCCUGCUCGAUCCCCUGCUGCCUCUCUCACUCCCUGAACCUCACCUACCAAACCCGCUGCCCCCCCUGUACCCCCGGCCGCUCUCUGCUGCUCUCGCCCCUGCCCCGCCCCCGAGCCCACACCUUGAGGCGCGGCGCCCUGAGCCUGCGACCUGUGCUGGCUCUCCUGCUGCUGCCUCUGCUGUCCCCCCUCUCCGCCCUAGCUGGUCUGCACCCCCUGCCGUCCCCUCUGCCCACCUGCCCCCCGCGCCACCCGACCCCGCAGCUGAUGCUGUCCCCACUGUGCCCCGCCGCCCGGCUGUCCCGCCUCAGCCCUCUGCUCCAGCGGUCCCCCAGCCCGUGUCCCCUCUCCCACCACCGACUGUCCCUGCAGUCUCGCUCGAGCUGCCUCCAUGUGUGUGA